AUGGCACCUAUCACAUGGCAAUCUAAGAAGAUUAAGAGAGUUGCGCGUAGCACCCUUGUUGCUGAGACACUAGCUCUUGUUAAUGGUAUUGAUACAUGCAUAUGGGUGAAGAAUGUGAUAAAUAAAGUGUUGAAUACUAAUCUAGAAGGCAUCUUAUGUCAUACAGAUAACAAAUCAUUGUUCGAAGCUGCCCAUUCAACAAAGUCUUUGGAAGACAAACGGGUAAGGGUUGAUAUGGCUUCCCUUAGACAGAGUAUCAAUCAGAAAGAAAUUGAAUUGAAGUGGAUUUCUACCAAACAUCAGUUAGCAGAUGUAUUAACAAAACAAGGAGCAAAUAGCACACUCUUAAUGGAUGUGCUACAGAGUGGUCAUGAAGAAUAA